CAUUCUUAUAGUUAUUUUUCGAUAUAAUAUAAUCCCGUUAACAUGUAUAACUUGCCUUUUUAAGUAAAUAAUUAUUUUAAAAAGGUAAAAGCGAGCCUCAAUCAAUGGUUGAAUAUUACGAUUUGAACGAAACGCAAUAUCUUUUCUUCUCUCAACAAGUGACUUGGGACGAAGCGCGAGUGCUUUGCAGUUAUUACAACGCAAAGCUCGCUAUCCUAGAUACCUUGGAAAAAGCCACAAAAGUUGCAGAGUUGAUAGCGGAUUCUAACAUAGAAAUUGAGGAAGAUUCGUGGCUCGGCGGACGACGUCUGGGAAAUACGUGGUCGUGGAUGUACGAUCGCGUUGGAUCGCGGAAAAACAGCGAGAUACCUGUACAACCAAAUAUAGAGGACUACCCGCCUUGGGCCAGGGAACCAUCGCGACCGAUGAAGAACUGCCUGGCAAUAGACCGUCGCGCUCAUUCUCACCCCAAUUUCAUCGACCUAGACUGUCGUCUGCAACGGUCAUUUAUCUGCGAAAGGAGACCUGAAGAGGGAGUCGGAAAACCCAUACCUUCCAAGUGGGUACAGAUACAACGACACACGUAUACUUUUUAUCACGCCAGAUUUACCUGGGAAGAAGCCGCGGUAUAUUGCCGUUUAUUAGGCGCCAGAUUAGCUAUUCUGAGCAAUUCUGAUGUCAUUGAGAUUCUCGCCAAUAUCAUGACGAAGGCACGACCAGACUUCGAGACUGUCUGGAUCGGGGCGCAUUAUACCUAUGGUCAAUGGAUAUGGUUGUCCACGGGUACGAGCUUGGAGCCUGCAACAGAUGAGAACGGAUACCCGCCGUGGCAAUCCGGUAGAUCCGAAAGAAACGACGGAUGCCUGCUCUUCGAUCGUCACAUGGACAAUACGCCGAGCUUCAUCGAGACGCGAUGCGACCGCAAGCGCGACUUUAUAUGCGAGGAAUAUCCGAAAGACGAGCUCAACAAUUGGCUAAACGAGCCUACAAAGUUCACGUACAAUGAUAGCAUUUAUGUUAUUUAUCCGAUGGAGAAGACCUGGCAGGAGAGCAACGCGUUUUGUAACGAACGGGGUAGCGUGCUUGCUCACAUAAAUGACAUAAACAUCACUAAUCUGAUCGUUGAAGCCAUGGGCGAUCAUCCUAAAGAUAUAUCUCACAUUUGGAUCGGAGGAAAUUUGAUUAAAAAGAACGAGUGGCAAUGGACACAAAGCGGUCGUAGGAUCGCGAAUAGGAAGGACUCCUUCGGAUUUCCACCCUGGACGAACAUGAACGACGAACAGCUCGAUCGUUAUACCGGUCACGCGUCGACUUGCCUAAAUCUGGACCGCAGCGAUCACGUGAGACCGCAUUUCUACGGUCUCGAUUGCGACAACAAACAACCGUUCGUCUGCAAGAUAACGUGCAACGUAACACCGCCCGUAAAUAACGGCAGCUGGAUAUGCGAAGACACGCCGAAAGGCAAACGCUGCGAAUUACGCUGCGACGAUGGAUUUAUGACGAUGGGAAUAAGAAAGAUAUUUUGCACGCAUCAACACGGAUGGAAUACCGUGAAAAAUUGGCUCGAAGUUCCGCUCUGUAUCGUAUCGAAAGAUUACGCGAAACGAAUGGUGAGAUCAUUAGAUCACGAUCUACAAAGAAGCGCCGGUUACUUCUUCAUUGUGGAUCAUGCGAAUGAAAAAAUGCAAUCCUUAUCGUUGCGCUUUACAGAACAAAUUCUAAACAUCUUUCCAAUGAAUUAUAAUCUCAAAAUGGGAAUGUAUAGCAUGAAUCUACCGAUUCAAUUGUCAUUCAAUCAAACUGACACUUGUGCGGCGUUACAAAUGAUUAAUUCCGUCACAAAGAAAUCGAACGCAGUGGACAACUCUCGCCAAUUGCAUUCUAAUACCUGGAAUAAGCAAUUAUCGGUGCAUAAAGGAAGAAAAAUCGUGAUAUUCAUUAUCAUCGACGCAAACUACAUGUCGUACUAUUUAGAAAUUCUCGCUCAGAUGAAGACUAUUGGCAAUCGUAUUGUUGCGAUCGGAUUAGAAGAUAACUGGGAAUUCUUACUCACUCUGGCUUCUAUCGGCUUCGAUCGUCGUAAAAAUCUUUACCUAUUCAAUGACGGAAAUUUGACAGAAUUUGAUACGAUUAUUAAAGAAUUGCAUAGUUUCAAGAAGAAGACACUACAAUGUCCAAAGAGAGAAACUGAUCUUAUCAAUAUACAUUCUGAAAAGAAAAAUAGCACUACGAUACAUCAUACUACAUCGAGCGGAUUCGAUCAAAACCAGGAUAAGUCACAAAAACAGGUAACAUCUGAAAAGGAGAAUUCAAAGGAUCAAGGUUUAGAAUCGGAAAAAGAAUCAUCAUCGAAGGAUAAUGAGUCGACCAUCAUACCAUCCAAUGAUACCAUCACUGCAAAGGAUGAAGAUCUUAAAAACCCUUAAGACGUAGAGCAACUUGCUUUAAAUAAGAGUUCUAAAAAAAAAAGAUAUAUCCCCUAGUAAUAUACAAAUAUAUAUGUACCAUACUAUUUCGUAUAUAUGCACCUAGACUUAUAGAUUGUAUAACACAUAUUUUGGAGAACAUCCACCCAACAUUUGUUUUCUUUGGCACUUUAUUAAUGCAAAUAUAUAACAAUUUACGAAAUAAUAUAUACAGAGUCUUAUAAUAAUAUGGCAUAUUGAAUGGUAAAUAUAAUUAUUCUUGUGUAAACGGUAUGUCACAAUAAUGGACAUACCAUUAGAAAUCUCACAUAAACGUCGCCUUAUAUAUAAUGGAUUUUCGUCUUCCCAAACGGGUAUAAGAUUUAUAGGCACACAUUAUCGACAUCAUUGAGUAAGACACAGUGGUAUGAAAUCAGAAUAAUAAAUACCAUUCGACAUCUUCAACGAGAAUGUAAUAAAUGAAUUUAAUAAUGAUAAAUUGAAACAUUACCUGAUAGUUGAUUCUGCUAUACUUUCGCAUAGAUUUUAAACUUCUGCAUUGAAUGAAAGAGAUAUCAUUUAAAUGAAAAACUAUCGACAAAAUUAUAAUCAUUCUAAUGAGGUUCCAUAGAUUAUAAUCAACAAUAUAAUAAAUUAAAAACUGUGAUAUAAUAGUAUCUGAGAAAUGCAAUUUCCUGUAUUAUAUUACACAAACAUAUACAUAAUAUAUGAAUAACUAUUGCAUAUUUUACCUUGCUGUACUGCAUACUAUCAAUCAAUAUAAA